AUGAGUGGCAAAAAGAUGCGGAACUUGUCAUACAAAAAGGCUGUGAGAAGACAAAAGAGUCUUGAACAGAGUAUUCAGUCUGCCCAGGAGACAGAUAAAACUCUCCGCUUAAUCCAAGAGUCUCUUGCUGUUAUUGAUAAACAGCUAACAGCCUACACUGCAGACAGAGUUGAUGCAGCACAGGUCCCUCAGGAAGCGCAGAAAAUACAGUCUGAAUUAACAAGCCAUGAGAUUAGUUUGGAAGAAAUGAAGAAACGAAACCAGGGUAAAGAUGUUGCCAAGAGAGUGCUCUCCCAAAUUGAUGUGGCACAGAAAAAGCUGCAGGAUGUCUCCAUGAAGUUUCGCUUGUUUCAGAAGCCAGCCAACUUUGAACAGCGCCUUCAAGAAUGUAAAAGAAUUUUAGAUGAAGUGAAAUUGCAGGUGCCCAAGCUGGAGUUGAAGAGUGUUGAGCAGGAAGGAGUACAGACACAGUUGGAUCACUGCAUGAAAUUAUAUAAAAGCCUGAGUGAGGUGAAGUCUGAAGUGGAAACAGUGAUAAAAACUGGGAGGCAGAUUGUUCAAAAGCAGCAGACAGAGAACCCAAAGGAACUGGAUGAAAGGCUUACUGCUUUGAAGUUGCAAUAUAAUGAAUUAGGUGCAAAG